UGCCAUGAGUGUUCGCUCAUAACAAGUUCACAGUCGCUUUCAGCUGCUUUUAGCUUCAGCUCAACAGCAACUCCGCUCCUAUUAAGAACUUAACAGCAACAAAAUUAAAUACUUAAUUAAGUACAUUUAAUAUUUAAGUUUCGCCACUUAAAUGUAGAAUGAAAGUGGAACUGGUGGUUUGGUGUGUGCAUCGAGAACGUCUACUUCUACUGAGCGCACUCUCUGAAGAAGCAUGAUCAAUUAAUUGAUCAGUUCUUAUCUACAAAGAAACAAACGCCAGAGGGAAAUCAGACGCAAGCAUGCCUUUGAAACCUCCCUUGCUAAACGGUACUCAAGUGCCGCAAAUAUUUGUACCGCCUUUUCGCUUGGUCGACCUGAAUGUCCUCGCGCUUAAGCUGUGGUGCUCGACCUGUGUGUUGCCUCUUUCCUUGAGAGACUGCGUCGAAGACGUCGAGUCAUUGUUCAGAUCAGAGCUAAAGGUUGGCUGCCCUAAGUGCUUCAAGGUUGCCUUUGUACCUCUCACACUGAUGGAAGAAAAUGGCAAAUUGUCUGCAUAUGGAAGCGAAGAUAUUCUAGGCUCGAAACUAGCUGGAAAGAACUCCGAGCCCUCGAUUGAGAUCAUGGAGAGCUAUUCGUUGGUGGAAUCAGCCACGUUAUUGCAGAACACAGAGGAAAACAAGCUGGAAGAGAGGUGGGAGACAAUUCAAGAUCCACCAGAGAACGUUGAGAGUCAUGUACAAGAGGAAUCACAGGAAGUAGAAGAAAUAAUUGAGGUGAAGGUGGAGCCUGAGGACGAAGAUAUUAUCGUAGAAGAGAUAGUAUUAGCCAGGGAGGAACGUGCCACUACCAACAUACCAGCUCCAAGGAAAAGGGGCAGGAAGCAGACAUUAGAAGCUUUCCGAGAUGAGUGUUUACCAGUUGUGCAAGUUGUACCACGGAGUCCACUAACUGUGGUGUAUUCGUCAUCGUCAGAAUCCGAUCACAAUCAAGACGAUGAUGGCCAUAAAGCUGUGCGAUCUGGUGGCAACGUUCGACACGUGUUAAUUGAUUAUUCAAGUGACAAUUAUGAAUCGCCUUCAGAAGCUGAGGCUAGUGACGUCUGGGAACCAGAGGAGACAGAUUCAGACAGUGAAGAUUGGAUUCUUGACGAGGAAGACAUGGAUUCGGAAUCGGACGAAGAGUUUAGGAAAUUAAAGCGUUUGAAUUAUUGCAGCUCUGGUUGGAUGGAAAAGUGCAUUUACUGCCCACUGGAAUUUCCCAACUUCUUGGUAGCCUCCAGGCACAUGAGGUCAGAGCAUCCCGACUACAAAGCUCUGAAGUGUGGAUUGUGUAACAGGAAAUGGAAAACCGCUCAAGGCUUCAAUAAGCACCUCUACACCCACCGGCCGAGCAAGAAACGGUUCUUCUGUGAGCAAUGCGGCACGUUUUGGGCCAAUCUGGAGAAACACAUGAUCUCUCACAUCACAGAGGCCAAUUUCAAAUGCCGAGAGUGCCCGGCCAAACUGAAGACGGCAAAUCGACUGUGGACGCAUAUUAAAGCGGUGCACAAGAAAUGCACCUGUGACUUCUGUCACAAAGUCGUUGGGAGGAAGCGGAUCGAAAACCACAUCAGGACACACAUCGGAAUCAAAAAGCGAUACGAGUGCAACAUUUGUAAAGCCCGUUUUGUGCACAGAGACAACAUGAAAACCCACAUGAGGAACAACCACAACUAUGUCUGCUUAGUUUGCUUCAAGCAAUUCAACUGCAAGCCUGAACAGGUGCAGGAGCACGCCAGCAAAGAGCACUCCGCCGAGGAAAUCAAGAACAGCUGCGUGGACGGCAAGAAUUACGAAAAAGUGACCCGCUUCCAGUGCCAACAAUGCUACAGAUACCUGGCGUCGAAGCAGUCGCUCCAGUUCCACAUGAACACUCAUUUGAAAGAGGGUGAACCUGAUGGUCCACAGCCAAAAAGGAGGAAGAAAAAGGGCCAAGAAUCUUAAAUUAUGUUAUGUUUAAAGAAAUAAUGGUUAAUUUCUUUGACAGUUGACUGAUGAUGCUUUGCUUACAUGAGUAGAAUUAAACUUGUGAAUUGGAAGCUUCCAA